AUGUCUUUCUUAGAACAGUUAGAUCAGACAAAUAAUCAGUUAAAUCAGGAUCAAACACAACUCAACCAAGAUUUAAAUCAACAAAACACUCCGAGAGAUAAUACAAAUCAACCUAAUGUGGAUCAGAUUAAUCAAAACGAAGAUCGAAUCUUGACUCGCGCCGAGGCAGCUGCAAAAGGAAUUCAACCGAGUUCGAGACUUCUGACUCCGAAACGCGGUACAAAUGGAAGAAUUACCGGGAGGAAAAGCAACGGAUCUCGUCGAAGACCGGUAGGAAUCAAGAAAGCAAAAGGAAUUAGAAAAGAACAUAAGAAGAAAAACGAGAAUAAGCAGAAUGAAGAUAAAGAGGAUCAGUUAGAAGAUCAUCAAUCAGGAGAUCAAGAAACAGAAGAAUGGGGUGGAAUUGGAGAUGUUGGAAUGGAAAUAGUGGAGGAGGAAGGGAUAAAGGAGGGUAAUGAUGGUGGUCAGUUUGUCCAAAGUGAAUUCAACGUCGCAGUCCACAUUGACAUUAGGAAAACGUAA